ACUGAUGUCUCCGCGUAAAGGACCAAUGAACGGAAGGGUGGGCGGGCUAGAGGCCAGAUAACCGGUUUCCGGUUCCGGUGGCCCUAGGUCAGUUCGUAUUUGUGCUACGUGUCGCUGGCGUCUGAGCCGUUGGCUGGCAGGCAUCAUGGAUCAGGUAAUGCAGUUUGUUGAGCCAAGUCGGCAGUUUGUGAAGGACUCAAUUCGGCUGGUUAAAAGAUGCACUAAACCUGAUAGAAAAGAAUUCCAGAAGAUUGCCAUGGCGACAGCAAUAGGAUUUGCUAUAAUGGGAUUCAUUGGCUUUUUUGUGAAAUUGAUCCAUAUCCCUAUUAAUAACAUCAUUGUUGGCGGCUGAAUACCUUUUUAGAAGAGUUUUUCAUCUUGGGGAUUGGUGAAUAAGUGAGGAUUUGAGAAGCUCAUGGAGUAAAAAUUUGCCUAUGUUUUGUGUUUUUCUUUCAUUUUUUUUUGUCUUCCAAGGUGUUUUGUAUUUGUAAAUUAAAACAAUUCAAAAUAAACUUAUCUUUUUUCCAUCAUA